GUGCUCUGCCUCUCCAUUAUUCCGACUCUCGUAAGAUUAAGGGGGGAGGAAUUGGAGGGCAGAGGCCGCCAUUUUAAUCAGUGGAAAUAAAAUCCACGCAUUUUAUAUAUUUAAUUUAACCCCCAAUUUUAACUUAGCAGCACACUAGCUAGCUAGCUGCUAAGUUAACUAUUUGAUCAGGUUACAGUUGCUGGCCUGACAGUUAAUUAAUCUCUUGCUGGUUGAUUAGUUGCUAUCAGCUACACGCUCUCGCUAGCUGCCACUGUACUAAUACAUACUCCCAUCUAUUCGCCUGAGAAAAUAUCGAAAAGUAGCAGCAAAGAGGAGCAGGCAAGAUGGUGAUGAACCCUGACGCCGUCCGCAAUGUCGUUGGAAUCAUCGGUAACUUGAUAUCGUUCGGGUUGUUCUUGUCGCCAUUGCCGACGUUCGUGACGAUCGUGAAGAAGAAGGACGUGGAGGAGUUCGUGCCGGAUCCGUACCUGGCGACGUUCCUCAACUGCGCGCUGUGGGUGUUCUACGGCCUACCCUUCAUCCACCCCAACAGCAUCCUCGUCGUCACCAUCAACGGCACCGGACUCCUCAUCGAGAUCGCCUACCUCGCCAUCUACUUCGCCUACGCCCCCAAGCCCAAGCGGUGCAGGAUGCUCGGCGUCCUCACCGUGGAGCUCGUCUUCCUCGCCGCCGUCGCCGCCGGCGUGCUCCUCGGCGCCCACACCUACGACAAGCGCUCGCUCAUCGUUGGCACCCUCUGCGUCUUCUUCGGCACCCUCAUGUACGCCGCGCCGCUCACCAUCAUGAAACAAGUGAUCGCGACAAAGAGCGUGGAGUACAUGCCCUUCACGUUGUCGCUGGUGAGCUUCAUCAACGGCAUAUGCUGGACAAUAUACGCGUUCAUCCGCUUUGACAUCCUCAUCACGAUACCGAACGGCAUGGGGACGCUGCUGGGCGCGGCGCAGUUGAUCCUCUACUUCUGCUACUACGACGGGUCGACGGCCAAGAACAAGGGCGCCCUCGAGCUGCCCAAGGACGGCGACUCCUCCGCUGUGUAGCUACAUAUGCUAUAUAUCUUGCCAUGCAAAGAACCACAAGAUCGAAGCUAACACAAACCAUGCAGCAUAUAUGCACAUCACACAUGCAGUAUCACAACGUACGCAUGCUUGGAUCUGCACGCACCACGCGCGCGUGCAUGUAACUGUGACGGGUUAUAAUCGAUCUGUUGGAUGGAUAUGGAUCAUGGAUGCAGGCAAUGCAGCUGCUCUUCUGUUUGGACCCACUGAAUUCGCCCGUGCAUGCAGGCAGCUUCUUUGUGUGUGUACAUAUCCAACUAUGCAAGAGGCAGGUAUAUGUGAGCAAAAGGCCCCCAAAUGCAAUGAGAUCGAUACACAUGUUUGACUGUUCGU